GUUGUUGUAGGAGCAGGUAUAUCCAGCAGAUGGCAGCAAUGGGACACGUAGGACGCAAACCUAGAGUGUGUCUGUAACGGUGCCUGAUCAAAAUCCAUCAGUGAUCCAUGGUUUGCGGGGACAUAUUUUUUUGUCGUCAAUACUUCGGUGGAUCGAGACAGAAUUGUACCUAAUUGCAAUCUGAGUUGAUCGGCUUGGUUCGUGUGAAACUUGGUUCGCGUGUGGAUUAUGUUGGUUUGUUUUUACUGAUUGCGGGGACACCAUGGAGGAAGUGGAUUAUGCUGAUCAGCACAGAUCUGAAAGUCGACCAUUAGAUGAAGUGCAAACGAAACAGCUCGGUGCCCAUCUGCCGCAGGAAGUUGGUGGAAAUCAAACAGCUGGUAAGAAGAAGCUCUGCGAAAUGUUCCCUGUUCUUCGGAUGCUGGGUGUUAAAAAAGAGGUUCUCCAUGCCUGGAGCUCCAGUUCCCAGCAGCAGCAUCCAGAGGCCUUCCACAUAAAGGAGGAGGAGGAGGAAGUCUGGACCAAUCAGGAGGAAGAGCGGCCUAAUGAGCAGAAAGAGACUAAUAUCAGCAGGUUCCCUUUAACUGUUGUCACAGUGAAGAAUGAAGGUUACGAAGAGAAACCUCAGUUAUUAGAGCUUCAUCAGAUCAAAACUGAAGAAAGCAGAGAGACUGAAGCUCCAAUCAGCAGCUCAGCUCAACAGAUAAAAACAGAACUCCAUAGCGAGGAUAGUGUAAGAACAGAACCAGACAGGAACCUGAAUCCAGCAUGUAGCUUUGAGCAAAAUCCAAAUAAAAAUGCUUCAGACACCUCUGAGACAGAAGCCAGUAAUGAUGAUAAUGAUGAGGACUGGCAGGGACCUUUGUCAGAUUCUGAGUCUGAAACUAAAAUGAGUCACAAUUGUGAGAGUGUCCUCAAUGUAUCUCAGUCAAAUGUAAACGGUGAAGAGAAAUGUAAUUCCGUCGUGGCAGGAGAAGUGUUUGUGUGCAAUACAUGUGAUAAAAGAUUUAAAAAGCGGGACAAUCUUACAGAUCAUGCUAGGAUCCACACCGGCGAGAAGCCAUUUGGUUGUGAUGUUUGUGAGAAAAGAUUCAGGCGGAAGGACUGUUUGCGAAAACACAAGAUGAUUCACAGCGGGAAAACGGCGCACAGCUGUGAUUUCUGUGGGAAAGGGUUUAUAGAAAAGACGGAUCUUCAGGCGCACAUAAGACUCCAUACCGGUGAGCGACCUUUUGCAUGUGAUGAAUGUGGAAGAAGGUUUCACAAAAAGUCAAUCCUCACAGUGCACAUGAGAGUCCACUCUGGGGAGAAACAGUUCAAAUGCACCGUGUGCGAAAAAAGAUUCCGAUUUCAGCACAUUCUGAAAAAGCACAUGGUUGUUCACACCGGAGAGAAGCCGUUUGUCUGUGUCGUCUGUAGUAAAGGAUUUUCUCAACAAGAAACUCUGAAGAGACACACGGGUGUUCACACGGGGGAAAAGACAUUUGUUUGUAGCGACUGCGGUAAAGACUUUCAACAGAAGAUACACCUGAAAGAACACAUGAAGGUCCACACAGGGGAAAAGCCAUUUGGCUGUGACGUGUGCGGUAAGAAAUUCAAAAAGAAGUCGUAUGUUAAAACGCACAUGAUGUCUCACGGUGGAAAAAGAGCGCACAACUGUGAGCUGUGCGGGAAAGGCUUUUUAGUCAAGGGUGGUCUUCUGAAACACAUGAGGAUUCACAAUGGAGAAAGACCUUUCAGCUGCGAUGUUUGUAGCAAGAGCUUUCUGCAGAGGAUCCAUUUGAAGGCGCACAUGAGAGUUCACACAGGAGAAAAACCGUUUGGAUGUGAAAUCUGUGGUAAAAAGUUCACAAAGAAAUCCUAUGUUACAACACACAUGAUGUCUCAUGCUUGACAGAUGACGGGAUUACUGUGUUGAUUUGCAGAUACGCACCAAACUUCACACAAUAGCAGGUUGUUCGCACAUCCUUAAAAAGUCUUAAAUUAAUGUAUCUAAAAUGAAGGCCUCAAAUUGUAUUAAAUUCAUUGAAAAACAGAAAGUUGGCCUUAAAUAUGUUAAUCACAUGUCUUAACUUUUCUUGGGUCAAGACUGUUUAAUCUCAUAUAUUCUAAGUAGUUUUCCGUUUUCUUGUGGGACUUUACUAUUAUGCAAAACUUUGAGUCUGUGAGUCAAGGUGGUUGCCACUAACUAGCUGCUAAUAUACCCUUGCUGUUAAGCAAGGAUAAAGGAAGCUAGCUUUCAUAUGUGCAAAGUGCAAAUGUUUGUCUUUGCCAUUUACACACUUCAAUUGCCACGUCAUACAGUUUGUUUAUUUGUAUAUUUCUGUUGUGAUACUGUUCUUAAAUCCCAUUCAUAAUGGUCUUUAAAAAGUCUUAUAAAGUCUUAAAUUUGAGUUGGUGUAACCUGUAGAAAUCCUGUAUAGGGUGAAGAAUUGGCCUACGCCAUACUGGAGGGUUUGGUACCUGAUAUUUGUAAUUAAAAAUGGAACUGAGCCAUACUGUAACUUUCUGGGACACAAAAUUUCUUAGAAAAAGAUACCCAAAAGGUCUUAAACCCCUUCAACACAUGCCUGUUUAGUGUAUCUGAACUCAGCCUGAUAUUUGUACUAUAGAGCAAGCUGAGCAUAACUGUGGUUUCCCUUUGUAAACUGGCUACUAGAAAGGAGGUAAAAUAUCAAAAAUGCCAUUACUAUAACAGUGAUUGUUAUAGGUUUUGUUUUUUCAAAUAUAUUUGACAUGUUUGUGGUGCUUUUUGUUACUUAAAAUAACCUGAUUAAACUCUAUAGAACUUAGUAAAACUGAAUGUCUGCAAAAAUAUGCUCUUUGAGUGUUGACCUGUUCACAAUAAACUGCAGAAUUCAGAUCAGAGGUGUGGAACUGCUCCUGGAGCACUUUGUCCCCCAGGCUUUUGGUCUUGUUUUGCUUCAGUAUACCUGGUUCAAAUUAUAAUCAUCCUCAGCAGAACUUUGACAUGCUACAAAGGUAAUUCAGCCAUUUAAGUGAGGUGUGUUGCAGCAGAAAUGGAUCUAAAACAAAGUUGGACACAAUGGGAGAGUUUGGAAACUGGAAUAAAAUGUCCUAAACUCUCCAGAUAUCUACAAAUAUUAUUUCAUUCUGAGUGGAUGUAGGCUCUGUACCUCUGUUGACCAUUCCAGAUCAGUGAACUUUAAGAAUCUGUAGAAAUAUCUUAACCAAAGCUUUGUGGCAGAGAUGGUGGAGGAACUAUCACACAGCUACAAAUAUGAAAUUAUUUCACUUAAUUUCCUUAAAACAACUAUGUUAUGUAUUUUAUUUCAUUGUGUCUUUUGAUAAUGCAGAAUAACUGUAACUGUAAAGUUUAAAAGGAGUGAAAUACUUUUCUGAAUAUAAAAUUCUCUCGAGCAAACCAGUUUUGUCCGAACUGACAUGAUAAAUAAUUUGCACCAUAACGUUUUAGAAAAGUAAAUUUUU